GUAAAUAUAUCAAAACUUAAUUUUUGAUUAGUGAUAUGCAUUGCUAAGAACUUAAUUUGGACAACUUUAAAAGGCGAUUUUAAAUAUUUUGAUUUCUUUUUUUCUUUUUCUUUUUUGCACCCUCAGAUUUCAGAUAGUUGUAUCUCAGCCAAAUAUUGUCCUAUCAUCAAUACAUCAAUGGAAAGCUUAUGUAUGUAGCUUUCAAAUGAUGUAUCAAUGUCAAUAAUUUGACCCUUAUGAAACUUGAAUUGAUUCAAAGUGCUGUACAAUAUGGGCAAAAACAACUCUACAAUUCAAAACAGACACAGGAAGGGCUUGCAAUACAAAGUUUCAAGCAUUGUUCAGAGUAAAUACUAGCUAGACCGGGAGAGGUCAAGGAAAGAAAGCAAAGUUUUUUUGUUUUGUUUUUUUCACCAGGUGUUUACCAUUUCUGGACCAGCUGACUGAAAAAGAGGAAUAGAGAUUCAUUCAUUUUAUUUUAUUUUAUUUUAUUUUGUGAUUACAAACUUCCUCUUUGUAAUCAUUUCAUCAUUCCCAAAAUUGCCUUUUUACUCAUAGCAACACAGCAAAACAUUUGAACCGAGUCACCUUGUGAUGUAUUAUUAAAUAUUAGUAGUUAUUAUCACAACAGAAUGCAUGGGAGGAGUUCCUUAAGCUUUAUUGAACUGAGAUGGUAUAAAAACCGAACUGAGUCCUAAUCUGUAGUUUGUGUGUCUAGAUCGUCUGAAGUCCAUCAUGAAGAUCAUCCUCUUUCUCACCAUCACCCUGAUCUCUCAGGGCUACAGUGCCAGAGUCUCUGACGCUGAGAUCAAGUCUCUGUCUGAGACGCUGUUCAAGUUAGACCAUAACAGAGCCACAGCCUCAGAGCUGGUCAUUGAUCCUCAGACACUGAUCUCUUCAUCUGAGACCGGCUCCGAGGAUGACCAGUCAUCUCGCCCAUUGUUCAAGCAAGUGAGUAGUACUUUGCUCUCCAAGCCCACGUAUCAAGCUCUGCUGAAUCUAUUAGACAACUAUAGAAGGGUGUCAGGGGAAGCGGAGGAUGUGACCUCACAGGAAGAGCAGGAGCAGGACACUUUCCUCCAAGAGGCCAUGAACACUGAUGUGGGCAGGGAGCUUUACAAUUUCCUCCACUCUAAAGGUAUAUACUCAUCACAGAGCGAGUUUAUCCAGGAUCUGAAGAUGAUGUGGUUUGGUCUUUACUCUCGAUCUAAAGGCAAAAAACUGGACUCCAGCGGGUUUGAGCACACCUUUGCAGGGGAAAUUAAGAAAGGAAAGGUGUCUGGUUUCCACAACUGGCUGCAGUUUUAUCUGAAUGAGAAAGAGGGCCUCCUGAAUUACUACAGCCAUAGUUUUAAUGGCCCUUGGACCGCAUAUCCUGAUGUAUUGGGAAUGCAGUUUGAAUGGGAUGGCUAUUUCAAAGAGGUUGGUUCUGCCUUUAUUGGCUCUAGUCCUGAAUUUGAUCUGGCUAUCUACAGUCUCUGCUACAUCACCCGUCCUGGCAAGAAGUGUUAUGUGAGUCUGGGAGGAAACACUCUGGGCAUUCAGACCUAUACAUGGGAAAACAGCAGCUAUGGGGAUGGAAAGAAGUACAUUGCCUCCGCUUACCCUGCCACACCACGAUCAUCUGCCAUCUGAACAUCAGUAUCAACAGACUCACAACCAAAACAACUCAUAUGUAGUCUUCAUUUUUUCUUGGUUGUUCGAGGUUGAUGUUGGACCAAAUAAAAC